CUGCCCCUCGAAGUCUCAAUUUCUUCAGAAGUUUCACGCCUAACGGAGUGGAAGCCAUAGCCAAAUCUCCUCUCUUGGAUCACUAGCACUUGGACUCCAGCUACCACACUGCGUGUUCUCUCUGAUAUCGCUUGACCCGGGGAAUAGAGUAUAGUAUAACAUGGCAGCCAAGAAAAUCUUGUCUACAAACCAGAUCUCUCAACACAAAUCGCCCAAUGACUGCUGGAUUGUGAUAGACAACCAAGUUUGGGAUGUAACGGAUUUUUUAGAAGCCCAUCCAGGAGGGUCCACGGUCAUUCUCAAAUACGCGGGUCGAGAUGCUACCAAGGCAUAUUCACAAGUCCAUGCUCCGAGUGUGAUCGAGAAGGAACUACCAUCAGAGAGAAAAGUGGGUGUACUGGAUGAGACCACGGUCACUAAUGAAUGGGUGAAGCCACCGCCCACUGCAAAUGCACGGGUUAUGCUUCAGAACGAGAAGCCACCGUUGCACACGUUGAUCAAUGCCCAUGAUUUCGAGAUUGUGGCAUCUAAGACAGCCAGCAAGAAGACUUGGGCGUUCUAUUCCAGCGCCUCAACUGACUUGAUCACACGAGAUGCCAACAAAUUGAGCUUUGACCGCAUCUGGUUCCGGCCUCGGGUUCUCAGAAAUGUGCGCUCUGUCAAUACGACAACCCGGCUUCUCAGAACUGACACGAGCCUUCCAUUGUUCGUAAGUCCGGCGGCAAUGGCCAAGCUCAUCCACCCGGAGGGAGAGCUUGCCAUUGCGAGGGCGUGUGAAAGGAAAGGGAUCUUCCAGGGUGUGUCUAACAAUUCAUCUCAUACUCUCGACCAAAUAAAAGAAGCUGCACCAUCUGCUAAUCUCUUCUUCCAAUUAUACGUCAACCGCGACCGGGAGAAGUCAGCCUCGCUUCUCCGUCAAUGCUCGUCCAAUCCAAACGUCAAGGCGAUCUUCGUAACCGUCGAUGCUGCCUGGCCUGGCAAAAGGGAGGCGGACGAGCGUGUCAAGGCAGACGAGGAUUUGACAGUUCCCAUGGCUCCUUCUAAGGCUAAGAACGACAAGAAAGGCGGCGGUCUUGGCCGUGUCAUGGCCGGCUUCAUUGACCCAGGACUGACAUGGGAGGAUUUGACAUGGGUGCGGCAACAUACGCACCUGCCCGUGUGCCUGAAAGGUGUCAUGUCUACAGAUGAUGCCAUCCUGGCCAUGGAGGCCGGGCUUGAUGGCAUCCUUCUGAGUAAUCACGGUGGAAGGAACUUAGACACCAGCCCCCCUUCCAUCAUCAUUCUGCUUGAACUUCACAAGCGGUGUCCGGAGAUUUUCGACAAAAUGGAGGUAUAUUUAGAUAGUGGCAUUCGCCGCGGUACGGAUAUUCUGAAGGCGAUUUGCCUAGGAGCCACUGCCGUCGGUAUGGGGCGGAGCAUGCUCUUCGCCGCUAAUUACGGUCAGAACGGGGUUGAGCAUCUGAUAGAUAUCAUGAAAGAUGAGCUCGAGACUGCAAUGCGCAACAUAGGGAUCACUAGCCUCGAAGACGCAGGCCCAAACCUGGUCAACACAGCCGAUAUUGACCAUCUUGUCCCCUAUUCUGCGUCUCAUCCGUAUGCGUGGAAAAUUGCAAAAGGGCGACGCUCAAGGCUAUAGUACAAAGAUUGAUGUUUACCGUAUCACAUCGGUAGCGAAUUUUCAUUAUACAAUAAGCACCGGUGUGGAUCUUUCUCACGCAAUAGAGUCAUGAUCUUUUGCUAGUUACUGUGUCUAUAAUCG